AUGUCCAUGCAAGCAACCUCAACCAGGCCGCAUGUCGCAGGGCCAAAUGGAAGGGCUACCUAUCACACCGUGACGGCGCUUAAGAGGUGGUCAUGCGACGACAAGGAGCUACCUCCGGUCUCUGACAUCAAGUCCAUCCACGUAUUCGACUUUGACAACACCUUGUUCGCAAGCCCCCUCCCAAACAAGCAAAUAUGGAACAGCGCGACCCUCGGCCAGCUCGGUUCACCCGACAUGUUCGUCAAUGGCGGCUGGUGGCAUGAUGCGAACAUCCUGUCAGCGACCGGCCAAGGCAUCGAGAAGGAAGAGCAGCGAGGCUGGGAGGGUUGGUGGAAUGAACACAUUGUCAGCCUCGUGGAGCUUUCAAUGCAGCAGAAGGAUGCACUCAGCGUCUUGCUGACUGGUCGUGGAGAGACGAAUUUCGCCGACCUAAUCAAGCGCAUUGCGCGGAGCAAGAAGCUGGAUUUCGACAUGGUCUGCCUAAAGCCCGCGACUGGCCCCGCAGGACAGAGAUUCAAGAACACAAUGGACUUCAAGCAAGAGCUGCUGAAGGACAUUGUCUACACCUACAAAGACGCAGAGGAGUUGCGGAUCUACGAAGAUCGCGUCAAGCACACCAAGGGCUUCCGGGACUUCUUCUUCGAGUUCAACAGGGAUCUGAUGUCUGGCAGGAACCAGCCUUCGCGAAAGCCUAUCGUCGCCGAGGUCAUACAAGUCGCUGAGAACGGAACGCAACUGGACCCCGUCGACGAAAUUGCCGAGAUCCAGAAGCUCAUCAACGCACACAACAUACAGAUCAAAGCCGGCAGCGCACCCCCGGGCACCACACCUUACCAGAUCAAGAAGACCGUCUUCUACACCGGCUACAUGAUUGAGCAGAACAUGACAGAGAAGCUGGGUUCGCUUGUAAAUCUCCCUGCCAACGCUCCAAAGGACGACAUCCGGUACCUUGCGAACAGCAUUCUCAUCACACCGAAACCAUGCCCAAAGAGCAUACUGGACAAAGUGGGAGGCAUCGGAGCCAAAAUGAGGUGGAAGGUGACUGGCGUAUCCUGCUUCGAGAACAAGCUUUGGGCUGCGCGCGUCGAGCCGGUACCAAAGUCGGCCAAGUUCUACUCUGAGAACCCGAUACCGACCGUCGUACUAGCAAUUCGAAAGAACGGCCGCCCGGCAGAUGCAGCACGCAUCACAAACUGGCACCCAGUACCCGAAAGCCAGGCAUACGAGUUCGACAGCGUUGUUGGAGAGAAGCAAAUGUUGCGCAUCGAAGAAGAGACGGCAGGCGAGAGUGAAUACGAGAGCUACUUCCCCAACAAGAACAUUCGCGGAGGGCGCCGAUCGCAUGAACCACACGACCGACAUGGCGACAACCGACAACAUAACGGCAACGGUCGAGGUCACGACAACCGACCUUCAGGCUAUCGUGGAGGAAACAGGGAGCGCGGUCGUGGCGGUAAUCGCAAUCCAUCAUAUGGCAACCGAGGUGGUCACCGUGGAGGCCAUCGUGGUGACCGUGGCGGAGGAGGUCGUGGUCGUGGACGCGGAGGUGGUGGUGGUGGCGGCGGCGGUGGAAAUGGACCCUCGCAAUACCGGAGUCUGGACGAUCCAAACCAUGGACAGCCGAGCCAUGAUGGACCGGAUGCAUUCUACUAG